UGCGUAACAUUCUUCCAGCAUUGACAGAGGAGAUAGAUAGUUCGUAGUUGGGCGUUGUGCGUAGUGUUUGUUGAAGGUUUUGCUGGUGACAGAUGAAGCAACAUUCCUGAACAAAACAGAAGGGUGCACACUAAAAUAUUCAGCAUGGCAGCAUCUGAACAAUUGCGAAUUUCUCAGGUUGGUCUGGUUGCUCGCAGUCCAGAGGGUCAUGCAGCCAAGGGAAUGGCCAUUAAAGGCCGUGAAGACCUGUGGGUAGAAAUCCAAGCUAAUACUUUUCGUAACUGGGUAAACGAACAUCUGCGUACGGUGGGGACAGAAGUUCAUGAUUUGGUAGCAGACUUCUGUGAUGGCACACGUUUAUGUGCUCUUGUGGAAGUCCUCCAAAAGAGACCCUUGAGACCUGCGUGGAUCCAGAGACCUGCUAAUCAGCAUCAGUAUCUAGAGAAUGUUGCUACAGCCCUUACAGCAAUCGCCGCUGAUGGUGUUAAACUUGUCAACAUCGGUAAUGUUGAUAUUGUAAAUGGAAAUCUCAAGUUGAUCCUGGGCUUAAUAUGGUCAUUAAUUGUCCGUUACCAAAUCGGAAGGUCAAAGUUUCCACCAAAGAAACUUAUGCUGGCAUGGCUAAAGGCUGUACUCCCAGAAUGUCGUGUGAACAAUUUCACAACAGACUGGAACUCUGGAGUCUACUUAAGUGCUCUGUUGGAUUAUUGUCAUCCUGGACUCUUUCCUCACUGGAGAAGUCUAAAUCCCAAGGACAGUGUUGGAAACUGUCGCACAGCUAUGGAAAUUGCCAGAAGAGAAUUCCAGAUCCCAAUGGUCUUGCAGCCAGAAUAUUUGGCUUCUCCAUUCCUGGAUGAACUUUCUGGAAUGACAUAUUUGUCAUAUUUUAUGAAAGAAGAUAGCCCAGGAUUUCAUGCAACUCUUCGUUGGGUCAAUAAUCAAAUACCUGACACUCAUGUCAGAAAUUUCACAAGAGACUGGAAUGAUGGAACUGUAUUAUGUAAACUAGUGCGCUCUUUGGGAGGACCCACACCAGGCUAUGACCAGCUAACCACUGACCGCUCCAGUUGGGAGAUGAAUCUGAACAAAGGCAUCCGUGGAGGUGAAAAACUGGGUAUAGAGCCUAUUCUGAAGGCUAAAGACAUGGCUGAUAAGAAUGUAGAACACUUGGGCGUUAUGGCAUAUGCAGCCAACUUCCAAUGGAUUCAACCACGCCAGAAACCUGGUGAUAGGUUAACUGUAUCCUGUGACUCUCACACUGCAAAAGUCAACAAGCCAGUUCAUUUUAAAUUGGAGUACUUACCUGGUGAUGUGGACACCAAGGAGGUGAUGGCAGAAGUCAUAGGACCAUCUGGAAAAGUGGAAUGUCGCCUCCAGUUGAGCAGUAAUAAUGGAAGAGGAUCCUUCAUUCCUACUGAAAUUGGAAUGCACAAGCUUAUAGUGUACAAUGAAGGUGAACAUGCCCAAGGUUGUCCAAUAAACAUUAGAGUGACUCCAGAGCCGACAAAGAUUUCAUUUCCUGGAAUGGAUCCUUGUGCCAUUGGCUCUAUUGUAGAAGUACUAAUUAACUCAAAUGGAGCCAGCAGUAGAGAGAUUGAUGUGUUAGCACGUUCACCAACUGGUCGCAGACUGCCAUGCCCUGUGCAAGAGACUGAUGGUGUAUACACUGCCACAUUCCAGCCUGAUGAAGCAGGAGAGUGGUCCAUUGCGGUAACACAUGGUGGGGAACAUAUCCAAGGAGGCCCUUUUACAUGUUUUGUAUAUGAUCCCAAUGCUAUUAAGCUGAGAGGCAUGGAGGGGGCCACACCAGGACAGCCCUUUAGCUUCACUGUUGAUGCCUCUGGUACAGGUGGUUUGGGGGAUGUGUGCGUAGACAUUGUAUCAGGUGGAUGUUCUGUUCCACACCGAAUGGAGUCUCUUGGAGGAUCUCUGUACAGAGUAUCACUUGUACCACAGCAAGCUGGAAAACACAGAGUCUAUGUUUAUUUCAAUGGUGGUGAUGUUAAAGGAUCCCCAUUUCCUCUCCGUGUGGGAAGUCAGCGUUCGAGGGACAAAUCAGAUUCUCCAACCAACAGACGGACCAGUAGUAAUCACCAUAAGGAAUCUCGGAAUCAAGAUCACAGCAAAGCUGGAACUCAGUACACAUCCAGUUUUGGGUCUCACUCAAGGCAUCAAAUGGCUUCAGAAGACUCAUACUGGAAGAGAAGAAUGCCUGGAGUAACACUUCAUGUUGUAUCAGAUGGACGGGAGAACAGUCAUUCCCCACAGAUUAGUUCUCCAGCACCGCAUGUCAAGGUCACACCACCCACACCAACUGUUCGUCCAAAUAUUAAUAACUAUUUUACUGAAGAAAGGAGUCACUCAUCUAUAGACCAGCGCCUAAACCACAUGAACAUCACAGAAGAUCGAAUUGGCUCCCCGUCCUGUGGUCUUACCAAUGGUCGUGGGCCUAGUCCUAUCAUGAGCAACAGUUCUCCAAGUCCAGUUAACAGUCCACUGUACCGUGACAGUCCUGUUCACAGUAAUCGUUUUAGUCCAAUUUACAAACCAAAUGUCAGCCCAACUUUCAGAUUGCCUUCAAGUCCAUCCCAGAGCCCAACAGGAUUCAAAACCAGUUCAAGUCCAUUGUUGAAUAGUUCAAGUGCUUACAAAUCCUCACCAAGUCCAGCUCAUAGUCCACUGACCUUUAAACAUUCACCAAGCCCAGCACAUAGUCCAGCAUUUCAACAAAAUGAUGGGAAUCACUUUGAAAGCACCAGCAGAUAUUUUGAAAGUAGCAGAUUGAGAAGAAGUUCAGUGGAUGUUCUAGAUGAAGAGAAAGGAGGUGCAGUGGAUACCUCUUCAAACGUCAGAGUUUCUGCAAUGCUAGGAAGCUCUAAUAAUCUGAGAGCUGAUUCCUGGGACGCAAUUGCCAAAACUAAGUCACUUCUGUCUUAUGGGAGCCUGGAGUCUUUGGCAAACCUUACAGCAAAAAAAUUGUCACAUGACCAGUCAACAGUGCAUCAACUUAACACAAAUACCACUACUACAUCCAUGAAUGAGGUAGAUACAACCCACUCUUGGUUCAGAGGUAGCUCCCCAGCACCAGGUGGGAGUCACCAGUAUAGUAAUGUUAUUAAUCAGCGGAACAAUGGAGGCCUACUCAUCAUAGGAUCAAGAAACUCGCCAACAGAGAGUCGAACUGGAAAUGGGGCAGGAUCUGUGCCUGCAACAGUAACAGGAGAUGCACUUAAGCUGGUGCCUGUCAAUCGCCAGGCCUCCAUCAACAUUGAUCUGCCAAACACUGCUGACUUAAAUGAGCUUACAGUCAGUGUGACAGCUCCAUCACAUAGAAGUUUGCCUGUGAAACUCUUCCAGAACAGAGAUCAUGUUUCAGCUAAUUUCACAGCUACUGAGAUUGGUGAACAUAUAAUUGACAUUAGAGUCAGAGAUCAGAAGGUUAUUGGUACACCUUUCAGGACUCAUGCUUACAAUGCUAAAGCAAUCCAAGUUGGACACAUCCCCAAUGGUGUCCUGGGACAGCCUGUAGAAUUUGAAAUUGAUGGUUCUGGUGCUGGUUCUGGAAAUUUAGAAAUCUUGGUCAAUGGAGGUCAUGUGACUAGUUUUGUACAUAAUCUUGGCAACCAAAGGUUUCUUGCUUCAUUUGUUCCACAUGAAGCUCUAAGCCAUCUAGUGGAAAUGAAAUUCAAUGGGGAAACUGUGCCUGGUAGCCCGUGGCAGGUGGGUGUGAUGACGGGCCCCAAGAUGGCAGUGCUGGGCGAUGCAGUCCGGUUAGUGGCAGCAGGAACCACUGCUGUGUUUGAGCUCAGUGCCCUUGGUUUCAGCCAUGAUGACAUUGAUGUCCAGAUAAUAAGUCCAUCUAAACGGCCAGUAACAGCUCGUCUAGUGGAAGAGAAAAAUGGAGAGUUUCGAAUAGAAUUUAUGCCAUCAGAAGUUGGUAGCCAUUUAGUGGAGGUGUCAGUUGCUGGCCAGAAGCUUCCAGCUGGUCCAUUGGUAGCCAAAGUAUACAACAGUGCUCUCAUUCGAGUGACAGAUGUUGGAGGUGGAGUGGUAGGGCAGCCAUGCCAGUUUAGAGUUGAUGCAAGUCAGGCAGGGGAAGGGCAACUUGAGAUCUCAAUAAAUGAAGGAGAGGUGCCAAAUCAUGUUCAGGUUGUUGGAGGUGGUAGAUGUUUGGUCAGCUUUACACCUGAACAGACUAAACCUCAUCUCAUUGACAUAAAGUUCAAUGGAGAAACUGUUACAGAUUGUCCGUUUGUGUGUUCUGUUUCUGACACAAGUCGAGUGUCUCUGACAUUGAGGAAUCUGGAGCUAAUCCCUGUAAAUGAAAUUGCUCGCUUUCAUAUGGGAGUUGAUGGAAAUGGCAGUGCUGAACUUGCUGUCUCUGUUAGGGGCCCUACCACAGAACUUCCAGUUAAGGUGACAGGCAACAUUCACAGUGGGUUCACAGCUGAGUUUACACCACGGGAUGUUGGAGCACACUCCAUUACAGUCGAGUAUAAUGGUCAUCCUGUCAGUGGCACACCAUUUAUAGCUAAAGCAUAUGAUGCUAAGAGAGUGUUUGUAGGGCCUCUGCCAAAGGGGUCAGUUGGAAAAACUCUGCAGUUCAUGGUUGAUGCAAGCCAGGCUGGUGAAGGCAACUUAGAAAUUACUAUUAGUGCUCGAGGACAUAAUAUACCUACCCAAGUACAUCCACAGGGAAAUGCCCGCUUUGCUGUUAGUUUUGUUCCUAUCGAGCCUACUGAUCAUGUCAUUAGCAUAAACUUCAACAAGGAAAGUGUGCCAGGUUCCCCAUUCUUGGCUCGUGUCCAAGGGGAUUCACCACAUCAAAUCCUAGUGAGUGGGCCAUCAUUGUCAUCAGCAGCAGUUGGCAAAACAUCCUUCUUCACUGUCAGUAAUGUGGCAGGAAGUGUUGAAGACAUAGAAGUUAAUGUGGAAGGCCCAAAUGGACAAUCAGUUCCUGCCCAAGUUAAAGAUACAGGCUCACAAACAUUCCAAGUUGAGUUUUCACCUCGGGUAGCUGGUGAACAUCGCAUUGCAGUGGCUUACCGUAAGGUUGCCAUAGCUGGGUCACCCUUCUCCUGUAAGGUGUAUGAUGUCAAAGCAAUCAAAGUCAAAGAUGUUGCUGAAGGCAUUGUGGCCAAGCCAAUUACAUUCCUUGUUGAAACAAGUCAAGCAGGUCCAGGUAAUCUAGAGGUGACUGUAAAUGGUGGACGAGUCCCUACUUCAGCUCAGGCUCAGGGUCCACACACAUAUGCUAUCUCAUUCACCCCAAGGGAAGCCAUUGCACAUACUGUAGAUCUGCGCUUUAAUGGUGAAGAUGUUCCAGGAAGUCCUUUCACAUGCCAAGUGUCGGAGGCGGCUCGGGUUGUGAUCUCAGGUGAUGGGCUGGAGAAAGUUGCGGUUAACAGGGCAGCGAUGUUCUCUGUGGAAGCAGAUCCUUCCCUUGGUCGACCAGAUGUUCAAGUUCUGAGUCCAUCUCGGCGACCACUGAUGGUAGAUGUGGGUGUCCAGACAGCGGGCAGAUACACAGUGCAUUUCACACCUACAGAUGUCGGUGAUCACAGUGUGGAAGUGAAACUGGCUGGUGUUCAUGUUGAAGGCAGUCCAUUCCUUGUUAAGGCAUAUGAUGCUGCUAAAGUGAAGGUCACAGACAUUAAUUCUGGAGUUGUUGGAAAACCAGUUUUCUUUAGCAUCAAUGCCAGUCAGGCAGGUGCAGGGAACUUGGAGAUCAUUGUAUCAGUCAGUGGUCAUAAUGUACCAAAUUAUGUGCAGUCCGAAGGAAACGCGAAGUUCCGGGUGAAUUUCAAGCCCCAAGAAGCAGCACCACAUAGUUUAAGUGUUCGCUUUAAUGGAGAGCCUGUUCCAGGAUCUCCAUUCAUGUGUAAGGUUCUUGAUGCAAGUCAAGUGCUGGUAUCUGGGUCAGCUUUGAAAAUGUCACCUUUGGGACAAGCUGCAAUUGUUAUGGUGGAUCCCCAAAUGUCAGCCGGAGAUUUGGGAUCUUGUGAUGUCACUGUAACUGCUCCAUCUGGACAAACCAUUCCAGUCAGGAUAACUAAGACUGACAAGUUUACAGCAGAGUUCAUGCCAAUUGAAGUGGGUCGACAUAGUGUUGCUGUUAUAUUGGAUGGUGAACCAGUUAAAGGCAGUCCAUUUGCAUGCAACAUUUAUGAUGUCAGCAAAGUCAGAAUCACAGGACUUGGGCCUUCUAAGGUUGGCAAACCUGCAACCUUCACAGUUGAUGCUUCGGAAGCAGGUGAAGGCACACUGGAGUUAGUAGUUAGCACAGACAAGUCAACAGUCAAAGCAGAAGUAGUUGCAUGUUCCAGAGGUCUUUAUGAUGUUACCUUUGUUCCUCAUGAACCAGUGCCUCAUUUUGUGAACAUUUCAUUCAAUGAAGAAGAUGUUCCAGGUAGUCCAUUUAAGUGUGAAGUGCUAGAAUUGGGUGCAAAGGAAAUGCGACAUAUGCAUCGUAAAGAGUCUCGAAUGAUUACAGUUCGUGGGGAAGGUUUGAAAGAUGCAGUUGUAGGUUCCACAACUUAUUUUGAUGUGGAUCCCAAGGGCAUGGAUGGUCACAUAGACAUGGAAGUUGUGGGUCCCGAUAGUUCCCAUGUACCAUGCUAUGUAAAGAAACUAGGCUCGGGUCUGUAUCGAGCAGAGUACAGACCUCAACAAGUUGGUCUUCACAGCAUUACAGUGUUUCAUCAGGAACAGCCAAUCAGCAAGCAACCUUUCACUGUAGAAGUAUUUGAUCCACGGCAAGUCAAAAUCAUUGAAAUGGAAGAAGCAUUUUGUCAUCGCGCUGCAAGUUUCAAAGUGGAUACAUCAGGAGCAGGACAAGGAGUGCUAAUAGCAAGUGUGAAAGCUGCUGGACAGGAAGUGAAACAUUCUCUACAUGCAUUGGAUGCAGGGCAGUACCAAGUGGUCUUCCAUCCUAAGCUUGCUGUUCCACAUAGAAUUGACCUCAAGUAUAAUGGCUUGCAUACAGCAGGUUGUCCAUUUGAAGUGUCUGUGAAGAAUCCAGCAGUUGGACAAGAUGUCAUAGCAACAGGGCUUGGUCUAUAUCAGUCACGUGCAGGGAAAGUGACAAGUUUUGUCAUUGAGACACUGGGUCAUCCAACAAAGGAGUUUGACGUCAUAAUUACGGGUCCUCAGGGCUCUGCUGUGCCAGUGAGGUGCUAUCAACAGAAAGAUGGAAAUUUGUUGGCUGAAUUCACAGCUCAUGGUGCAGGGACUUACAAGAUUGAUGUGACACAAGGAUCUAGGGCUGUCCGUGGUUCUCCAUAUUACUGCCAAGUCUUUGAUGCAUCCAAGGUGAAGAUAGAAGAUGUGGGGUCUAAAUCAGUUGCUGUCAAUGAGAAGAUUGCUUUUCGACUUCAGCGCAGAGAAGCUGGGUUUGCUGAGUUGGAUGUGACAGUUACCAGCCCAUUGGGCCAAGACUUACCACUUGAAGUUAAGAGUUGCGGAAAUGAGAAGGAUUGUGACUUAAUUGAAUUUUGUCCAAGUUUACCUGGAAUUUACCGCUUCAAAAUGACGUAUGGAGGAGAAGAGAUACCAGGUUCACCUGUAACAUUUACAGUUGAAGAUUCAGGAGUUGCAAAAGCAAGUGGUGAUGGAUUAUUGUGUGGCCAAGUGGGGAGUCCUGCUAGUUUCAAAGUUGUGGGACCCGGUCUACCAGGCAAGCCUAGUAUUCAUGUUGAUGGUCCAGACAGUGUAGCAACCUGUAGCAUAGAAAGGGAGGCAGAUGGAAUAUAUGUCGUCACCUACACUCCUUCGGAAGUUGGGGUUUAUGAUGUCAGGGUGGACUGGGAUGACAGUCCUGUACCAGGAUCUCCAUUCCAUCCAAAGAUAGUAGACACUCUUAAAGUACGGGUUAUAGGAGGUUGGGAAUCAUUCACAGAUUCAGAAGGUCGAUUAGAGCUGGCAGUUCAUAAUACCAAGAAGAUCAGCUUUGACACUGCAGAAGCUGGUCCAGGCCAGCUGACUGCAGAAUGCCGUGGUCCUUCUGGAAACUCUGUGCCCAUUGCUGUUGAGCAGACCUCAGGAUCACGAGUGCGUCUGCUACUGACUCCACGUAUCUCAGGAGAGCACCUAAUAUAUCUUCAGUAUGGUGGGUUCCCACUUCCUCGUUCUCCACUUCUGGGGAUUGCUGAUGGGGCCUCCGGAGGUUCCAGUGGCCCAGUACGAGUUGUACUGACUGGAAGAGGACUUGCAGGUGCAAGAUGCCAUGAGGAGGCAGAGUUUACCAUUGAUGGAUCCCAAGCUGGGCCAGGGUUGCCAGAAGUAACUCUGACAGGCAUGAAAGCAGACAUCAAAGUUCAAUUGCAAAACCUGGGUAAUAGUGUAUAUCGAGCCAUCUAUACACCAACUGUACCAGGAGCUUAUCUUUUGAAUGUAAUGUGGUCUGAUAGGCAGGUAAAGGGUUGUCCCCUCAAAGUUGCAGUAACAGCAGUAGCUGAUGCAGGCAGAGUUGUUUGCUCUGGGGAUGGACUACGUGUUGGGACUGUGGGCAAGGAAAUACGAAGCUUUAUUGAUACAAGACGUGCUGGGCCAGGAGAGCUGACAGCCCAUUGUGUGGGACCACACAAAGUGGCAUACUGUGAACUGUAUGAUCAUGGUGAUGGCACUUUUACUCUGAAUGUGAAGCCACAGGAAGCAGGACGGCAUGCCCUUACGAUCAAAUAUGGUGGUGACCACGUGUCAGGCAGCCCAUUUUCAUUACGCGUUGCUGGAGCUCCAGAUCCAAGUAAAGUGCGAGUAUAUGGACCAGGUAUAGAACAUGGAGUUCUGGCCACAUUUCAGUCUCGCUUCAUCUGUGAUACUCGAGGUGCUGGAGCAGGACAACUCACUGUUAGGGUCAGAGGGCCUAAAGGUGCAUUUCGAGUGGAGAUGCAACGUGAAAGUCAGAAGGAUCGCACCAUUCUUUGCAAGUUUGAUCCAACUGAACCAGGUGAUUACCGAGUGGAGGUGAAGUGGGCUGGAGAACUGGUUCCAGGUUCUCCAUUCAUUGUCAUGAUAUUUGACACUCAAGAAGAAUUGAACAGAUUUUUACAGGGUAGCCAUUCCCCAGGAUCUGAGCUGUAUGGCAGUGUAGGAUAUUCCACAGGAUAUGCUCAUAUGAACUUUGGUGGUGCUCAACAAUCAUGGAGAGGUUCACAACCUCAGUUGUAAACAGUGACUUCACUUACCUUACAUAAAAUUGUGUACUCCCAUUCAGCAGAGAACGUGUAAUACAUCAUUUUUUUAAAUUACAGUAUUUUACAAGCAGUAUCUUCUAGUAUUGUUUUAAUUUUAUGCAGGACGAUGUAUGUAGCCUUGAUCUCUUCUAACUUACCACAGUCUUUCCUUUUUAUUCUUACUAGCUCUUUCCUCUCUUGUUCAUAUUUUCUACUAUCAGGCUGAACCAUCUUCUGCAUCAUCCCCAGAACAACUUUCCUUUAAAUACUAAUACUGUUUUUAAUAUACUGUUCUAUCAAUUC